CCGAAUUUAAUAUACGACCUAAUACUAGGCAAGGAUACUUGAUGCAAAUCGUUGGUGCAAUAUCAUGUGCAACUUGCAUCCGAUUAAAUUUGGCAGUUCAGGACGAUGCGUUUGCAACUAUAAAUACUGUUUGGUUUUCAGCAUGUUUCACACUUCGCCGUAAAUCGAAGAAAUAUGAACACCUACGUUGCUUUGUCUUGCCUCUUGGCUUUCGCCACCGUGUGCCAUGGCUCAGCCAUCGGCUUGAGUGGAGUUCCACUCGGAGUCGGCUUAGGUUUGGCACCAGCUGCAGUGUCCACUGCUAACUUGGUGAAGGCAGCACCAAUCACUGUUAUUAGGACCGCGGCAGUCGCUCCGAUCGUCAGUCCUAUUCUCAGCCACGCUCCUGUCCUCCGCACUGUAGCAGUCGCUGCCCCAAUUAGCGCGCCCAUCGUAUCGCCUAUCGUUUCGCCUAUCGCCACGUCCAUUGCAGCGCCCAUUGGUUACGGACUGGGAGGCCUCGGUGGAUAUGGCGGUCUCGGUGGAUAUGGCGGUCUCGGUCUUAAAGGUGUAGGCUUAGGCUUAGGCCAUUAAGCAACAAUACUAAAGCGGCGAAGUGUAGUAGCUACAAUUCAAAUUUUAAUUGAGUUUUUAAAUUGGUUGAAGCACUCGAAUAAUAACGCAUUCACGCAUAAUAACGCUUUUUUUUUGUAUAGUUUCUUUUUAUAUUCAGUAAACAAGUAAUUUUGUUUCUUGCAUUGGAAUUUAACUAUAAGUAUUGAUCAUCAUCAGCGCUUUUACGUCCCUACUGCAGGGGCUCAGGCCUUCCUUAUGAAUGGAAAGGAGAAUGGGUCAUGACCCUUUAAGCUGGCUCAAUGCGGAUUGGAGAGUAUUAACGUCUGCAAAUGCAACCGGGACCAACGUCUUAACGUAGCUUCCAAAGUACGGAGUAGCUCGAGCAAAAUUUUUUUUGGUCACCCGUCCCGUGAUCGACCCUAGCGAAAGUUCCUUAAAAAAACGCCGUCCGCGGCGCUUAUCCUCUACGUCACCGAGCUACUCAAUUAAAAACUAAAAUAACUCAAAACUAUAGGUAUUGGUGGAAGUAUUAAGCUGAAAUUUGAUGAUGAUGUACAGGUAGAGAGGAAGACUAAAUAGUAGGACAUUAUGAGCACGAGAAAAUGAAGUUU